AUGGAGCACAGCAUAACGUUGUGGGCCACCGUGUUGGUGCUGCUGCUGACUUCUGCUCUCCUCUUCCCCACCAUCAUCAAGCUUCACCGACGCGGCACAGCUAACCGUGUUGAUGGCCUUUAUGUUAUUUCCGAGCCAGAGAAUGGCGGCGAGGCCAGCUUUGAAAUCGUUGCCGUCCACGGCCUCGGUGCUCAUCCAGAAAAAACUUGGACGUCCCAAGCCCCCUCGAGAUCGACAAAUUCCGAAGAGCGAAGCCGAGUACACCUGCUCCGAGACCUCCUUAAACACGACUUCCCGAAAGCAAGAAUUCUCGCCUUUGCUCAUAACUCUGACUGGUUGAUGAAUGCCCCAGUUACUACUGCGCAGCUGAUUGGCGAACGAUUGCUGGACGGGUUGGUGAAGCACCGGAGGAAACACCGGUGCGUUCCCAUCGUCUUCAUCGGCCACAGUUUUGGCGGCAUUAUUAUCAAGGAGGCCCUGUGCAAAUCCGGAGAGGAUACGAAAGAGAUUGUCGACAGUACAUCCGGCAUUCUUUUUCUCGGGACCCCUCAUCAAGGAUCCCCCAUGUCACUCUUCGGCAUCCUUGCAGCCCGUAUCAGUAGCGUCUUCGGGUCCAGCAUGGGCCUGCUCCUCUCGCUAUCGAGCCACCGCGACAAGCUCUCUGAUCUGGACGAACGCUUUGACGAGUGCAUGAAGAUGAAAGAAGGUCGCCGACAGCGGACUGAAAUCGUGGCCUUACGCGAAGCCAAGCCUACACGCAUGUUCGGCUGGCUAUCUAUUGGACUGGUCGUCCCUAGAGACUCAGCUCGCGGUAGCCACGGCGCCAUAACGAUUGACAUUGAUACAGACCAUUCCGGUUUAAACAAGUGCAAGACGACGGAAGACAAGUUGUACAUUAACCUUAAGCAAGUGUUGACUAGGCUUAAAGCGACUACUGCCCCGACGCUGAACGGCAACCAAAAGUUUGUCGUUGGCAAUCUGCGCACGGUAGAAGAGGCUGCGUUUGAUUCCCAUGCAAACGAACAAGUUGCGACGUGCCUCGAGAAUACUCGGCAUGAGCUCCUCAAAGCCAUAAUGGACUGGUCCAACGAUCAGACUGACGAGCAUGUUUACUGGCUUCAAGGAAAGGCUGGCACUGGCAAGUCAACAAUCGCUCGUACAAUGGCCGCUGAUCUCAGCGCCAAAGGCCGCCUUGGUGGCAGCUUCUUUUUCAAGAGGACCGAGUCCGAUCGCAGUAAUGCUGGGCGCCUGUUUACGACCAUCGCUGUACAACUCGCUGAGAGAUUGCCGUCGGUGGCCGGAUAUGUGCGAAACGUUAUCGAGGCGGACCCGACAAUCUCCGCUAAAGGCUUAGGAGAACAGUUCCGUAAGCUCAUUCAGCAUCCUGUUAAAGCUGCGCAACAAACCCUCUCAAAGCCUAUGACGGUUGUGAUUGAUGCCCUUGACGAGUGCGAGACGGAUCAGGACGUCACAACUAUUAUCAAAUUACUGUUGCAAAGUGAUCUUCGGCAGGCAGGGCCCUUGAAAUUCUUAAUCACCAGCAGAUACGAACCUCCGAUUCGUCUGGGCUUUAGCGACAGCCACGGCAAAUUCAUAGAGUUUCCUCUUCACGAGAUCCCCCCGCGUAUGAUCGAGCGAGGUAUCGCAAUCUUUCUGAAAUUCCGAAUCUGCGAAAUUCGGCGCCAGCACAAUAUCGCCACGAGUUGGCCGAGUCAGGCUAUGCUCGAAGAUCUUCUUAAGAGAUCCGUCCCACUAUUCAUCUCCGCGGCUACCGCUUGCCGCUUUAUUGAAGAUAAUCGACAAGGCGAGGGCGGGCCAGACAGUCGACUCCGGCAGAUUCUCCAACAUGAAGCCUAUGGAGACUUUGACCAGACAUACAUGCCUAUCCUGAAUCAGAUGGUUCAGGGACUGAAAGGCACCUCACGUCGCAAUGCAAUCACUGAGUUCAAAAAAAUAGUGGGCUCGAUAGUCACUCUCUCAAGUCCUCUUGGCGUUAUAUCACUGGCAAACCUUCUUGGUAUUGCGGUAGAACGCGUUGAUAAUAGGCUGCAGAUGUUUCAUUCGGUUCUCGACAUCCCAACUGACAGUACAGCUCCUGUGAGAAUAUUCCACGAAUCGUUUCGGGAAUAUCUUGUCCAUUCUGACCCAGAGGAUAAACAUCAAUUCUGGGUAGACGAGAAGGCUACCCACAACAUGCUCGCAGAGAGGUGUCUUCGGCUACUCUCCGAAAAUGGUCGCCUUAAACAAGACAUCUGUGGGCUAGCAGCACCGGGGAAGACUCGGUUUUCCGUUGGCAAACAUCAAAUUGACCAUUGUCUGCCACCAGAGGUUCAAUAUGCGACUUUAUACUGGGUGCGUCACCUGAAAGGUAGCGGAGCCAAGCUUUGUGAUGGACACCAAGUACUCCAAUUCCUCCAAUGCUACUUCCUUCACUGGCUUGAGGCGUUGAGUCUUAUUGGAAGGAUAUCUGAGGGCAUUGGGCUUAUAGGCGAGUUGCAAAGCCUAAUUGAGUCACAUAGCAGUACUAAGACCUCACACUUUCUUCGUGACGCAAAUCGUUUCAUUCUUAAUUACCGCUCAAUAAUCGACCAGUCACCUCUCCAACUCUACGCCUCUACGCUCAUCUUUGCACCAGAGACAAGUAUUAUUCGAAAUUUAUUUCACAAUGAUACCGGCCAGGUGUCAGCGAAGGCUAUCGUAGAACAAAACUGGAGUGCUUGUUUACAAACACUCGAGGGCCACAGCCGCUGGCCUAGAGUGUGGACGCUAAACCUGUUCCUGACUCAAAAAUGCGCUAACGGGAGGCGGACCCUAGCUGAGAACCCAUUAGCGUACGCGCGUGCAGCCCGCCCCAGCAUCUCCAGGAUCCAUGGCCCGCGUGCCGAAUUGGGCCAGGACCCCUUGCCGCAGUGGCUGGUUUCGAACCGGCUGGCCGGUGGUCAUUCGAAACGACGACACUAUUGA